AUGGAGAAAAAGGUGCGGGAUUUCCAAGAUGUGUUCGCAGUGACAGAUCAGGAGCUCACGCAAACGCACAUGGUGGAACAUGAUAUCCAAACCGGCUCUGCAAAGCCGAUAAAGCAAAAAGCGAGACCUGUCCCACUGGCAGCACGGGCGGAAUUACGUAAGAUCUUGAUGGAUCUUCAAGACCGCGACAUCAUCGAACCGAGUAGUUCUCCAUGGUCGUCACCCAUAGUGCUUGUACGGAAAAAAGAUGGCUCAUUACGUCUAUGUGUCGACUAUAGGAAGGUGAACCAGAUAUUGCAACGCUACAAAACGUAA